UAGACCAGCGCAAACAUGUUUAAGUGGGUUAUGCCGGCGUCAGCGUUAGCGUCGCGCACAAACGCGACAACAAUAGCGGCAACAAGAACAACACCAACAGCAGCAGCCAAAACGACAACAGCAACAACAAGAACAACAACAAAACGGCAACUACUUUCCAACGCUUUAACAACAUUAAUAAUAAUAGGCGCAUUAUUUGUGCAGACAACAAGUGGAUUUAGAUCAUCAAUUGAAACGAACGGCGCUGGUCGCAAAUUGUUUGGCGGCUAUCGCAUAACGCCAAAGCACUGUCGCGCCACCAAAACGCUGCCCAGCUCGGAUCCGCGCUCCAAUGGCCCCACCAUAUGCAUGUUCAAUCACGAGUGCGCGCAGCGGGGCGGCGAGGUGGUUGGCGCUUGCAUGGAUGGCUUCCUGUUCGGCGCCUGCUGUCAGAUACCGCAGACGCACGAGCUGGCCAGCACGCUGAUCAACGAUGCACAGAAUGCCUACUUCCAGCAGCAGCAGCAAAAGCUGCAGCAGCACCAGCAGCAGCAACAGCAGCAGCAGCAGGCGGCGGCACAAUCCUCCUAUGAGAACUAUGGCGAGCAGCAGCAGCAGCAGCAGCAGCAGCAGCAUGAUGAGCAGCCGGCGCAGGGCAUUUACGAUCAACAGAAUCUGGAUAAGGUGUAUCAGCAGCUGGGCAGCACGGCCGGUCAGGGUCAGACACAGGAUAAGCUGAGCUUUGCCAGCAGCUCCACGGAGGCGACACACUCGCAAUCCGCCAGCGUGGAGUUCGAGCAGGAGGCGGAGCUACAGCCCAAUAAUGAGGCGAUCAGUACCAAUGAGCUGAAGCCAACGGAACUGCCGCCAGCCAUACAUGUGAACAAGCAUUCCGUGAAGAUAAGCACGUUCUCCUCGCCGCCAGGCAAUGAUGACUUCGUGAUGCAGGUGCUGGCAACGCUGCCGCCCGAGCAUUCGGAUGACGUUCUGACAUUCACCACCGAAGUGCCUAACAAGAUAGUCAACGGGCAUUUGGAGCACAGCAGCUCCGAGUCCAGCAGCUUUGAGGAGACGCCCGCCACCAAGGCGCCAGCUAGUAUAACCACGCCCAAACCCAAACCGAAGCCGCAGCCCAAACCGCAAGCCAAGCCGCCGCUAAAGACCGCGGCACAGUCCAAGCCUGUGCCCCAGCUGGCCGAGGUGAUGAAGCGACCAGUGCAACAGCUGAAGCCCAAGCCUAAGCCCGCCCAGCAAUCGAAUAUGCAUCAUCACAAUCAUCUGAUACUGGAUGGCGGCGAGUUUACGCACAGCGACAUCACACAUCCCGGCGCCGAUGCGGAUCUGGUUGAGGAUUUGCAGUUCUCCACGGGCUACGGCCCACAGCCUGUCUAUGUGCAGCCACCGCAGGAGCAGCAGCAUCAACAGCAGCAGCAGCAUCAUCAACAGCAGCAGCAUCAUCAACAGCAUCAGCAGCAGCCCUCAUCCCAGAGCUACAUCUCCUCCUCCUCCUCUUCGAGCAGCACGCAGCCCAGCGCCGCGUCGGAAGAUAAAUAUAUUCUGGUGCCCACCUACAACAACGAGAAGCGACCCGCUACGGCACAGAGCAAUCCCACCACAGUCUCCUCCAUAACCACGCACGUGGACUCUAUUGAGUCGAUUAUAUUGCAGCUCAAUAACAGCAGCCAUGGCCCCAGCUACAAUGUGGUCAGCCAGCAGACGCCCUCGUAUGGCUAUGCGCCGCAGUCGGAACACAGCGAGACGUCGGCCACCGCACAGUCGCCCAGCUACUAUGAGCAGGGUAGCCAGGAGCAGAACAACGAGGCUACCAAGGCACAGGAGCUGGAGCAGCAGCAGCAGCAGCAGGAUUAUGGCUAUACGACCACCGCCUAUGAUGAGCCCAGCUAUGACAAGGUGUCCGCUGAACAGGAUGCGGGUGCCACGUACAGUCAGUCCGUGGAGCUGUCCACGCAGCGUCCCACCUACAAUGAGGAUCAGUCUCAGGUGCUGGACGAGCACACAAUGCCAGCGACUACCUAUCAUGAUGCCAGCUCGCCGCAGGCACCGCAGACCUCUGAGUUUAAUAAAAUGCCCGUCAUGGGCAUAGCCUAUCCGGUGGACAUGUCCUACAUGGAGGGUGAUGAGCCCUCGGGCUAUGGUCAGCUCAGCAGCGGUUCGCUGGAGGGCAACACUGAGGUCAACUUUGAGAAGAUCACGAACAGCUACACGGAAGCGCCACAGUCUCCCUCGCCCGCCUAUGUGCGUCCCUCGACGCCCAAUCGUCCCGUGGCCUCCUACAUCGGCAUGGUGACCAUGCAGCACUACAAUGAUCCCUUGCCCGCCGAGGUGUCUGUCUCCUCGCACACCACCAAGGUGCAGGAGCAGUACGAUGAAACCUCCGCGGGCUAUCAACAGCAGCAGACCGAGAAGCUGGCCACAGCCAGUCCGGCGGCCACAACAACAACGCAAGCGCAGCGCCCGCAAUACGACACUCCUGCUGAGAGCUCCUCACUGCGUCCAGUUUUGAUUACCGCCAGUCCCAGGCCGCGCCCCAAGCCCACGACAAGGCGUCCGCCCGCCAAGCAGCCGACGAGCACCAAGAAGAAGCCUCCACAGAGCGAGCAGAACACGAGAAGACCCGUCCAGCAGCAGCAGCCCCCGAGCAGCAGCAGCUACCACACAGAGGCGUCGGAGUCAUCCGUCAACCACAUCCAGAUUAAGCAGCCGGCGGCCAACUACAACAAUGAGCCGCAACAGUUGGACUCCGGUUACGGCCACGGUCCGAGCUCGGGCUAUGAUCAGCCGGCGGCAGCUACUUCCAGCUAUGAGGAAUUCUCCUCGGCUGCUUCCGGCUCGGGCUAUGAACAGCCCGCCACGCCUACGGCCAGCUAUGAUGAUCCCUCCUCUCCGGCUGUCAGCUACGGUCAUGGCAAGCCCGCCCAGCCCAGUCCCAGCUACGAACAGUCGGCGCCAGCACCUGUGCCCGCGCCCGCACCAGCCACAUAUGAGCAGGCCGCUCCAUCCGUGCUCAGCUACCAUGAGCCGGCGGCCAGCUCGCCAACGCGCAAGCCCAUCUCCUCCAAGCCGAUUGCCACCAGCUAUGUGACGGGUCCGACUACGCCGCGUCCGCCAGCGACCGUGGACUAUCACUACGAUAAGGUGCCGCCGCUCUUUAUGGCCGACGACAAGCUGGAUGCGUUUAUACAGAGCACGGCUGAGAAUAUAUUGGGCUCCACGCCGGGCAACUAUCAGCCGCCCCUCUAUGCGACCGCCUCCACGCCCAUAUACAUCCAGCAGCCGACGAGCAGCAGCUAUGGUGGCCACAAGAAACCGGGCUUUGUGCAGAUCAACAUUACGCCCAAGCCCUCGAAGCCGACUGUGCUGAUCACGCCGAAGCCGUCGAACAUAAAUGUGGCCACGUCGAGCAACUGGGAUAACACGAAAUUGGGUGACAACACAAAUUCCAAUGUCUAUGGACCGAUUGGGACGCGACGUCCCGGCAAUACGCCGUCUGGGGUAAGCUCCAACGAUUUUGAGGAUCCGGGCUAUUUUGGCAUGCCAGCCGGCGGUGUCGGCAGCAGUCCGGUGCACUUGACCUUCACACAAUCGACCACAGAAGCGCUGUACGGUGUGCCAUCCGAUGAUAAGCCCGCUUUUCCGGGCUAUUAUGGUCCGACGCCCACAUAUCCGGCAUUCUCGGUGCCCGGCGAGAAGGUUGGCCAGAUUGUCGAGGAAACCUAUACCUCACCGAAUGAUUUUGUCAACUUCCCGCCGGUGCGCAAUCCAAAUCUGAACAUGUCCGCCGCCUCGAGCGCCGUGACCAGCGAUCUGGAGCUAUCCACGCCCGCUUUUGUCGAGGAUAUUGUGCUGAAGGACAAGAUGCACACGCUCGUGCACAAACUGGUGGCCUCAUUGCAGGGCAACUUUGAGGCGCUCGCCGACAUGAUUGAUGAGACAAACAAUACGGCCUCCACCUACUCAUCGGGCGUCGCCAGCACCAGCAAUGUCAACCGCAAGACCACACGUAAGCCGGUGCGCGUGGCGACCACCUCGAAGCCCAGGUCGACCACAAAGAAGCCGGUGUCGCGUGUCUCCACCAAGGCGCCCAACAAGAAGACCUCGGCCACCAGCACACGCAAACCGGCCACGCGUCGACCCGCCUCGGCGGCCAGCAGCAGCACAACGCGUCGUCCCAGCUCGAAGAAGCCAACGAAGCGCGUUAGCACCACGGCCAAGACCACGGCGCGGCCCGAGAACGAUGAAAUUGUCGACGAGGAGGAUGAGGAGGAUGUCAAUCCGAGUCCGCAUGAGAACGAAAUCGAACAGGAGACGCUGAGCUCUUACGGUGGUGCAAACGGACGCAAAAUACGUAACACGUCGCGAACACUCCCUACUCCUAACCUCACAUUUCACUCCCCAUCAACAGAAUGCGGCGUACGUCCACAUGUGAAGUCGGGUCGCAUUGUCGGCGGCAAAGGCUCCACAUUCGGCGCCUUUCCCUGGCAGGUCCUGGUCCGCGAGUCCACCUGGCUGGGCCUCUUCACCAAGAACAAAUGUGGCGGCGUUCUAAUCACCAGUCGCUAUGUCAUCACCGCCGCACAUUGUCAGCCCGGUUUCUUGGCCUCCUUGGUCGCUGUCAUGGGUGAGUUUGAUAUCUCCGGUGAUCUGGAGAGCAAACGUCCCAUUACCAAGAAUGUCAAACGCGUCAUUGUCCAUCGCCAAUACGAUCCGGCCACGUUCGAGAACGAUCUGGCGCUGCUGGAAAUGGACAGUCCCGUGCAGUUCGAUACGCAUAUAGUGCCAAUUUGCAUGCCCAACGAUCUGGCUGACUUCACCGGUCGCAUGGCAACGGUGACCGGCUGGGGGCGUCUCAAGUAUGGAGGCGGUGUGCCCUCGGUGCUGCAGGAGGUGCAGGUGCCAAUAAUUGAGAACAGCGUCUGCCAGGAGAUGUUCCACACCGCCGGGCAUAACAAGAAGAUUCUCGGCUCGUUUCUGUGCGCGGGCUAUGCCAACGGGCAGAAGGACUCGUGCGAGGGCGACAGCGGCGGUCCCUUGGUGCUGCAGCGUCCCGACGGACGCUACGAGCUGGCCGGCACCGUGUCGCAUGGCAUCAAGUGUGCGGCGCCGUAUCUGCCGGGCGUCUAUAUGCGCACCACAUUCUACAAGCCCUGGCUGCGCAGCAUAACGGGCGUUAAAUAGACGCCACGCCCACGGCAUCCAGAGCGCAACUGUAAAUAGAAAAGUAGGUUUAGAGGACAUUUAAG